CGACGUAAACGUCAACAUAAAACGUAAACAAUUGAACGCACAAAGAAAGUAAUUAUUGUAGAGGAAUAAUUUAAAAACGAACAAAAUCAAAAAUGGGUGCAAAUUUUUUACCCAUUUUGGUAUUCACUGGCUUCUGGGCACUUGUUGGCAUAGUUGGACCCAUUUUGGUGCCCAAGAGUCCACAUCAUAAUCUAAUUCGUUGCAUUCUAAUGCUGACUGCGGCAAGCUGUUGGCUCUUUUGGUUUUGCUGCUAUUUGGCCCAGAUGAAUCCGUUUUUUGGACCCAAAUUGGAAUGGAGAACCAUAGCGAUGAUAGCCAAAUCAUGGGACAAUCCUAUUAAAGCAGGUUGACGCCACAAUACGCCACGCCCCGGCUCCAAAAACUCAAUGGACAAUAAGCUAAGCUCUGUUAUCAUUCAUCUUCUGCUACUCCUCCCAUUAAAUGUCUAGAAUUACACACAUAUGUAUGUACAAUUUUGUUAAAUUAAAUCCCAGAAGUAGCACUUCUUGGUUACAUUAUAUUAAAAUAUAUAUAUUAAUAUACAA